AACUGGACUUCCGAGUUUUAGGUUAAUUGAACGGCGGUGGGGCCGGCGUGAGUGCGGUGUGCCCGCAGAGUGCCAUCGAACGGUCUAAUAAUCUCUUUCUUCCUCUCUUUGUUUUCCUUCCUUCCUUUUUUUGGAAGUACCGCACCUGAGCGAAGAGACGAGCGGUCGAACGAUUAAAUGACACAAUGGCAACGCCCAGCUGUGAUAAGAAAGCGAAGGUGAUCGUUCUAGGGGGAUGCGGUUUCAUCGGCCGCAAUCUCGUGGAGUACCUGCUGGACAACGAUCUGGUGUCGUACAUACGAAUCGUGGACAAGGUGCCUCCGCAGACCGCCUGGUUGAACGCGAAACACCAGCGAUUGUUCGAACAUCCCUUGCUCGAGUUUAAGAGCAGCAAUUUGAUUAAUAUAGCUUCCUGCCAAAAUGCAUUUUCGACUGACGAGCCUAUCGAUUACGUGUUCAAUUGCGCCGGCGAGACGAAGAGCGGUCUGACAGAUCCAGUGUACAAAGAGGGCAUUUACAAGCUGAGCGUUAACUGUGCCCAACAUGCGGCCAAGCUCAGAGUCUCGCGUUACGUCGAGAUAUCAUCUGGCAAUCUUGGCUCGGAAAAGACUCCUCACAAGGAAGAAGACACUGGAGAGUCGUGGACGUUCGCCGCGAAGCAUAAGCUACAAGUGGAACAGGAAUUGAGGAAUGUGCCAGAUUUGAAAUACACCAUACUCAGACCAGCCAUUGUGUACGGUUGUGGUGACAGAAAUGGCCUGGGUAAUCCUGAAACAGAUUAUGUUGUCGUCGAACCACCAAGAUUAGUAGUGGGAGCAGUUUACAAGCAUUUAGGAGAGAUGAUGAAGCUGCUGUGGGGACCGGAACUUCACAUGAAUACCGUCCAUGUGCGAGAUCUCGUCAGGGCUAUGUGGCACGUGGCAAACAGGCCGGAAACAAUAGGUCAAACGUACAAUCUUGUCGACGAAGGUGAUUCCACUCAAGGUUCCAUCAGUGCCAUAGUCUCGGAGCUGUUCAACAUUAACCACGAUUAUUGGGGCACUACGCUAUCGACCCUGGCAAAAGCCGAUAUGAGCUCUGUGGUUGAAGAGGUAAACGAUAAGCAUAUGGGUCCCUGGGCAGAGGCUUGUCGCAAAGACGGAGUGGAAAACAGUCCGCUAUCCCCGUACAUAGAUCAAGAGCUUUUGUACAAUAAGCAUUUGUAUCUGCAGCCCGGCAAACUGUCAAACACCACGGGAUUUACGUACAUGUAUCCUAAAUUGACAAAGGAUGCUCUUGCUGAGGUACUUAAUGAUUACGUGAACAUGAAAAUCUUCCCGCAUUCCUUAGUCCUAUGAACGUUAACGGAUUUACCGGUUACGUGAAGUUGAAACUUGCAAUGAUUCUACGAAUAUCGGAUAUGUGCGGACGUCAAGCGCCGCUUCACCUCGUGCCUACAAGGGUUCUAUACACGUUACGUGUACUCCGUUAAAUAUUAUAUACACCUUUGCAUACUGGCGUUUUAUAUGCCAAGGAAAAUAUGAAACUUGCUUUAUGUAUACUAUACAUGAGAUUUGAUAAUUUCGUAGACGGGCCUAAUGCCAAUGUGAUAAAAUAGCAAUUAAUGUACUUAAUUUUAAUGUAGUUGUUGAACAACUGUUUUCCGCACCUUAAAGGUUGCUAGUCGAAACACUGACGUUUAAGAAUGAUUCGGAGUGACGUUGAGAGGGGUCUUAAGCACGAAAAGAUAGAUUUAUAUAUAAAGACUUAAGAGAUGUUGUAUGCCUAUAAAUGGAUUUGGAUGAUUGUUUUAUAGGAUCUCACUAACUAAAAAACCAGAAGCUUUUUAUAUACCAUUUUCUUAAGACUGCGAGUUGUACCAAUAAAGUUGUUGAAAAUCUAUAUACUUCUUAUUGUUGAACGUACAAGUUGAUUCUUUUAUACUCGCGCCAUACAUUCCAACAUACAUCUUCCAUAAAUUGUAAAAAAGUUUCUAUUCUGUCAUCGAAUGGUUAUCGCAUAAUCAUGCCAAUAAUUCAAGCAUGUACGACCUAAAGAAUCACGUUAGAUUAAGUACAAACGUUGUUAGGAAGAUGCGUUUAGAAAAUGUAGGAAAAAGUUCCUUAUCAAUACACGAAAAUAAUUGUUCAUACUGGUAGAUUUAUAUUUACAAGCUAUUCGCAUUUGCGUACAUUUGACAUAAAUCACUUGUCUAUUGUCAUGAAAUGUCACGCAAAGAUAUUUGUACUACAUUUUCGAAUUUAUUGUUACGCCAAUGUCGCUACAGAUUCUUUGAUAAUAAAGUUACUCCAUUUAUGAGA